UUUCUGAAACGAUUCAUUGUUUUAUUUUGUGUUAUGAACAAAUCCACGAAAAUUGAUAUUUUGUUAAGCAUGCUUCCAACAUGAGAGCUCAGCUGAUGCGAUCCCCCAAAUAAGGGGCGCGUAACUCUCGACCAUUUUAUUCUUGAGCAUGUAAACAAUGUUGCGAAGCCAUAACCUGCAGUUGCUACGAUGGGCAUUCGCAAAGGAAUUGAAUGGAUUUCGGCUCCAUAUAGAUCUACUUAAAUUAUAAUGGAUCUGAGUCAAAGCUAUUUCAUCUUUAUUUUAUAUUGUGCUGCUUCCUUUUAAGAGUGUAUUUUGACUGGUGGCAACCCAUUCUCUUGCAAGAAAAAAGAUGCCAGUGAAGGAGCUAAUCUGAUCGCAACUGCAGCCAAGGCUUUCACUCAACGGGGAUCUGAUCAGUCAGGAGUCAACAGCUACUUUGACACCUUCUUGCGGAGCAGGGGCAGAAAAAAUCGGAUCAAGACAUUUUUGGGUCACAGGUUCAACAUCCUAUUCACAGAUGCAGCAGCUACCUUUUAUCACAGAAUGGAAUAUUACUGAUUUUCUUUCAGAGUGGCCAAAUAGGAAUCAUCUCCUAGAAAGCGUUUACUUUGACAUUAAGGAGGAUGUGUAUCUUUCAGUAACCAGAGCUCUUGGCAUAAUUGGCAAGCUGGUUACUGAACCAUUACAAGCCAUAUUGAAUUCUGAUAUUUCUUUAUUUCAAGCCAGAUCCACUAUCCAAAAAAUCCAUGAAAUUUUCAAACUGUGGGUGACAGAUGGGUCUGAGGCUUUAAAAGGCGAAGAAGUUUUGUCUGGCUGUAGAUCUAUUAGUGAUGAAGUUUUUAAUUCACUUUUCGAUGUUCAAGACAGUGAGUUUAAUUCUUUAACUAGUUUGGCCCUUGAGGUCAUUACAGCUAGUAUGCUAGUCAUUCUUGAACGGCAAGCAGUGGACCAUCUGCAAAUGCAGGACGCUUCUACUUGCAGUGCUACCCCCCAACAUGUGCUUUCAAAUUAUACUACUCCUAGCUUUUCCAACCCUACAACUGUGAGUGAAAAUCCUCCUUGUUUUUCCAACCCUACAAUUGUGUGUGAAAAUCCUCCUAGUUUUUCCAAUCCUACAUCUGUGUGUGACAAUCCUAGUUUUUCCAACCCUAUAACUGUGUGUGAAAAUCCUCCUAGUUUUUUCAACCCCACAACUGUCUCUUCCAAUCCCCCCCUGAAUGUACCUGCCACUAACAUGAUUAGUGAACGAGAUAUGGCCAAGCUGGACAAUUUGCUUCGAAUAAAACCAUCAGCCUUACCGUCAACUAUUGAAGCCAUUGUUAUGUGGCAGAGUAAUAAGCCAAGCAAAUGGAUCAAUACACUCCCACCUGCAGAGAAAGAAAGUUUAUUUAAAAGUGCACAAAAAUUGGCACCGAAUUUAAGACGAACGAUGAAGACCUGGAAAGACAACCUAAAAAUGCAGUUGGAGAAAAAGCUUAAGUCUAAACAGGCAGAGGUUAAAAAUAAAGAAGAGAAACUUGUGCAAUCAAAGCUAGUAGAGUAGCAACUCGGAAUUUAGAAAAGUUUGGGGGGCUGUGGGAGAAGUCUCAGAUUUCAUAAAUACUUUCAGAAAUGUCAACGGAGAAAAUGAAAAAAGAAGCCUUGAUGUCUCAGAUUAAAUAUGUUAUAAACAGGUGAUCUCUGCAGGUGGUGAGAAGCUUUGGUUUCAAGAAUCUUCUGGGGGGAAAGUUUUUAAAUCUUCUGUUUUGGAAGAGCAUUUAAAUAAUAUCAUAAAUUUCAACAGUGUGAAAGAUACUACGCAGGAAGAAGAUGAAAAUGUUAGGUAUUAAAAUUUGGAAGUACGGAAAAUUCUUGUCGAAAGACAAAAGUCUCUUCUAAAUCAGGAACUUGAAGAUGCUCGCAAAAAAAGGAUUUCAAAAUAUCAGUCAGAAAAUGUAUUGCCAGAAUAUUUAAAUGGUAAAAAAAAAAUAAUAGGAAGCCUUGUAUCCUACCGAUUGAAAGAAAGUAACGUCUUUGUGUGGAAGACCUACAAGGUUUCUAAUUUUACUAAUUCUGGUCAUAUAGUUGUAGGAGAAUCCACAGCUUUUGACCUUAGCGAGAGUGAUGGCAACAGCAUUUUAAAAAAGAUAAAAGUGUUCACUGAACUCAAAAACGGUAAUCUUAUAGUAAAUUUAUAGACUCAUUUGUUAUUUAAAUAUUCAUUGUCUUUGCCUUUUUUGGGGGCGAGGAGUGUCCCUGAUCAAGAGAACAUUGGACAAUAUAUUAUAAUAUGAUACUGUUGUACAUUGUACUGUAUUGUAAAGUGCUCAGAGACUGUGUGUUUUAAUCACGGUUGAACGCUUAAUAAAUGUAAUUUAUUAUUAUAUUGUUUUCGCCUGCGUCAAAUCUGACACAAUUUAUUGGCACUUUCCUCCAUGUAUUAUGUUCCAAUAUUUUUUUGUAAAUGCACAUUUUUUGCUUUGUUUUGAUGCCAUUAAAUGCAGCUUUUCUUGCUGAUUAAGAAAAUAUAUACUUUUCUAUAGCUAUCUGUUACAGAACCCUUUCAAAAUGAAAUUUUCCCAAACGUAUUGCUUGUGGCACACGCCAUUUUGUCGGCCAUAUUGGAUUUUUCUGUUAUGUAAGAUUAUGUAACAGCUGGAAAAUAAUCUAUUAUGAAGCUCCUUGUUCUCACGAAUCCGGAAAUGUAUGGUUUUAAAGGGUUUUAUUUAGUAUUAAGCAGUCCAUGCGUGAAAAUUACAUUUUUUUCUUCAUAAAUGGAACAUUUCGGUGCCAUUCCUUGAUUAGUAUUAAUAAUGAACAAUGUUCAUUGUUUUUGUUGAAUUUUGCAACAUUCAAUCAACCAUAACUUUGGAACCAAUAUAAAGAUAUCUGAAUAUUUUUUUUUUUAA